CUGCCAGUGUCUAGACUGGGUCGCGUGGUUAAGGGCCUCCUUCAAAAUCUGAUUCUCAAUUCUUGUUGUAUUUUGUUUGUAUACUGAUCCCGAAAUAGACUUGCAGCAACGUUAGGAUCCGUCGCUGACGAUGAGCGUCGAGCAGAACGAGCUCGACGACGAGCACCCACUCGUCCUCGAACUAUCCAGUCUCAGACAAACAGCAGCUCGAUUUCAGCAUGAAGCACACCAAGCUGCUCUCAAACUCCAGCGUCACACUCUAGCAACAGCCCAAACAAACGACCGCUUACAUUUCCUCGAAUCACAACAUUCCUUGCUCUUAUCUGAGCUAGCUACCCUCCGUGCUUACCCCUUACCCAACUCUCAAUCAGACACACACGUCGUCCAAGAACUCACUCUCGCCCUAAGACGUUCUUCCGAGAAACUCGAUCUCACAGAACAUGCACUAGCAGAAAAGAUAGCUGAACUCGUAAACACCCGCACCGAAGCCCAAAAAGCACGUUACAACGCAGAAGGCGCGUAUAAACUCGCAGCAAGUGUUCGUGCACGCGAAGAGGAAGGUAAAGUCCGCGAACGUAGCUUGGAAACGCGUCUCCAAGCUGCAGAGGAAGAACGUAGGCUCAUAGAGCUCGUGGUACACGAGUACGCUGAUCUCGUACGCAGUUUGGAUGGCAGGAAGAGCUCGCUUGGUAAUGGGGGCGCAGUACUGCAAAACGCAUCUGCAUCUGCGUCUUCUCUCACCCUCGUCGAAGGGCUCCACGAGGGCAAAUCGAACUUGCAUCGCCUUACGACCGAAUAUGCUUUCGAGACCGAGAAACGCGAAAUGAGCAUCACCCAGCUACGCAAUGAAAUCACAAAUUUGGAGAACAUCCUCAAUGCUGAGCGUAAAACAGCUGCUCAUGACCGUGCUCACCUCGCAAAAGCGCGGUCAGAAUUAGAAGCACUAAAGCUAGACGACACCACAGCAGCCAAGAUGGUCUCCCGAUACAUGAAAUUCUCGCAGUCUCAAACUAAUGCCCUUCAAUCCACACUCACGACUCUCCAAACACGACACGCAUCUAGCCAACACACUCUCCAAUCAACGAUCAACGACGCUGAAGCACGAAUGCACGCUCACAUGGCCGAGAAUGCACGUCUUCGUGACGCCUUAGAAGAGCUCGGCGAAGAAGUCACCAGGGAAGCAUAUGGACGGCGAAGGGAAGUCGCACUACGUCUUGCCCUUCUCGCACGCGAAGAAGCGCUCAGUGAAGCCCUACGCCGAUGGGUUCGAAGAGCCCAAGAAGGUAUGAACCGCUGCGCAGACGCAGAUAGUCAAAUGUAUGCAACUUUUGAGCGGGCAGUGAAAGAUGCGGAAAGUCUCUUGGUGACGCUGGAUGCGGAAGUGACUGGGAGUUUGGUUACUGGUGUGUUUGGGAGGUUGGUUCUUGCUAAGGACGCUAUGAUGAGAAUGACUGAAGAGGUUGGGGUGGAGGUCGAGAGAAGGGUAGCUGCUGAGCGGAAGAUUUCCUUGGGCAUGGGGUCUCUUGACGAGAUUGCCCACGAACAGACUAUUUCAGUCGAAGGAACUCUCAUUGAUAUUACAGAACAAGCACCCUAUGCACAGGACAUAAGCACCGAUAUCCCGCCUACCCAGGAUCUAUCAUUCGCUUCUCCACCCACACCUACACUUCUUCCAAAUCUCCCGGCGGAGGACAGCAGGGGUACGUCCUCACCCGUCAUGGGCGACAUCACAUCUGGUACUUCGCAGCUGCUUCUUGAUUUACCCACCGAAUCGAGUCAGUCGUCUGCUGUCUCGAUCCUCAAUCUGACGCAGACCCCCGCUACGAAAGAGGUGUAUACUUUACCGCAGUCUGCCGAACUACCCGCGCCUUUGGUGCCUGCGAAUGAGCUGACUAUGGAGCCUGUUGACAUGGAUAGAAUUCUGGAUACUCAAGAAGUCAAAUUGCACGUUCAAACACCUGACACUGAAGAUACUAAGGAUACCCCACCACCCCUUCCCCUAACGAAUCUCGCAAAACAGGAAGAAAGUCCCACUAACCAAUUUCUGGAAAGAAAGGAGGAUUCCGGUGUCCUCUUCACUUCAGCUGCUACAAGUCCAGAAGCUCAAGCAGUCGCUCCCGCUAAUGAACCCAACAACUUAACCACCAACAUCAUUCCCUCAUCACAACCCCCCUCCAUCCCAGACGAAAUCUCAUCCUUAUUGUCCUCCCUCAGCGAAGUCAACCACCGCUACGACACCCUCCAACACGCAUUCCGCGAUUGCUCUCUCUCGCUCAAAGACCUUAAACGCUUGCUCCCCCCCAUCCCCAUCGCCUCUCCGCCGACACUGACACCAACACCUUCUCACUCUCCCCAAUCCUUUCUUCGCACCGCCCUAGAGCGCAUAUCCGACUACACCGAAGACGCCCGUGUCGAGCUCGAAAUCCGCAUCACAGACGAAGCACUCGCCAUUCGCGGUUUUGAGACCCUCCUCACCGUCCCAGGCGCGCUUUCCCUUUCAUUGGAUUCGAAUUUGGACCUUGAAGAAAUGCGGGCUUUUGUUGAUGGACGUGAUGAGGGUGUGAGGAGGGCCAGGGAUAGGCUUGAGGAGAAAUUGGCAGAUGUACAACAUGAUGUAGCGGUUGUUAAGCGGGCUGUGCAUGACUUUCAGGUUCUGCUUGACGAGGAGAGUGAACCAGAGGAAGACAAAAGCUGGUCUGCAUGGACAUCAAGCCUCCUCCCUCGUUCAUCCACACCUACACCAAGCCAAACGCCUACAUUUGGUUCUAUGAUGACUUCUCCGCGAUUGAGGCGUUCCUCCUCGGUGAAGCAACUAUUUUCGCUUGCAGAGCUAGAGUUGAGAAUUCCUAUGCCGUUGCCUGCGUUGAUACCUCAAGCUCAACCUGCGUAUGGAGCCCUUGGACUUGGAGUGGGAUCUGGAGCUGCACCGGGGUUGGGACGUCAACGGACGAUGUCAAUGAUGUAUUCGUUGGGGAUCGGGUCUAGGGCUUCGGUUUCGACUUCGGCGUUGGGGUCAGUGUCGUCAUUGGGGAUACCUGGGAUGUCACCUGUGAAGAAUGAGGGAGGUAGGAGUAGGUUUGUCACGACCCCGCUCACUGGUGAGACCCGCCGUGAUUGUGAUGAAAGCGAUGUCGAGUGAUAGGUUUCGUCACUUGUAUGCACGAUUUGAUGUUAUGUUUGCAAUUGGUUGGUUUAUUGCUCUGUAUGAUUCAUUGCUAGGUUAGGACUUUGUUUGCAUACCUCCUACUUACGUAAAGGAUCAUCGAUACGAUUGCGAGCGCUUACAACGUUCGGGACCGUUAUCAAUGGACAUGACUUGAUCACGUGGGGAUAAAACGUUUCGUGGAGCAAGCCACUAAGCGCAACCCUUGCAUCCUUCUCUAAUCUUCAAUAUUCAAUCCCUCUUAUACAAUCAUGUCUGCAGAAACUGCUACCCAGCCUCAGACCCAGAUUCAGACUUCUCCAUCAGCCAGGCGUGGCAAACGAG